AUGGCUGCGCAGCAGGCGCUGUUUCUCUUCUGCUUGUUUCUGCCUGGAGCCCUGCUCUCAGAGGCCGCCAAAAUCCUGACUGCAUCCUUGAUGGGUGGAAGCCAUUGUCUACUGAUGGACCAGGUAUCUCGUAUUCUUCAAGAUCAUGGUCAUAAUGUGACCUUGUUUCAACAGGAAGGACUUUCUUUGUUGUCAGGGUUUCUCCAAGGAAAAAAAACAUACCAAGUUAUCAGUUGGCUUCCUCCUGAAGGUUUUAGAAAAGAAUUUAUGAAGUCUUUUAAUUUCUUUGUUGAAGAAGCUUUGCAUGGCAGGGAAACAUUUGAACAAUUUUUAAAGUUAAUGGAACUACUUGGGAUUCAGCGCAGUCAUUUGCUAAGAAGAAGGGAUAUCGUGGAUUCCUUAAAGAAUGAGAACUUUAAACUGGUAGUAGUGGGAAUUUUUGACUACUGUCCUUUCCUGAUUGCUGAAAAGCUUGGGAAAUCAUUUGUAUCCAUUCUUCCUUCCUCGUUUGGCACUGUGGAUUUUGGGCUACCCAGCCCCGUGUCUUAUAUUCCAACAUUCCACUCCUUGCUAACUGACCGCAUGGACUUCUGGGGAUGAAUGAAGAACCUUCUGAUGUUCUUUGGUUUUUCUAGGAAGCAAUGGCAAAUCCACUCUCGGUAUGACAACACCAUCAAGGAACAUUUUCCAGAAGGCUCUAGCCCACUGUUGUCUCAUCUUCUACGGAAAGCAGAGUUACAGUUUGUUAACUCUGACUUUGCCUUUGAUUUUGCUCGGCCCCUGCUUCCUAAUACUGUUUAUGUUGGAGUUUUAAUGGCCAAACCCAUUAAACCAGUACUGCAAGACCUUGAGAGCUUCAUAGCCAAGUUUGGAGACUCUGGUUUUAUCCUUGUGUCUGUGGGCUCCAUGUUAAGUACCUAUCAGACCCAGGAGAUUGGCAAGGAGAUGAACAGUGCCUUUGCUCACCUUCCCCAAGGAGUAAUAUGGAGAUACGAGUGUUCACAUUGGCCCAAAGAUGUGUAAUUGGCAGCAAAUGUGAAAAUUGUGGACUGGUUUCCUCAGAGUGACCUCCUGGCUCAUUCUAGCAUCCGUCUUCUUGUCACCCAUGGUGGGCAGAAUAGUAUAAUGGAGGCCAUCCAACACGGCGUGCCUAUGGUGGGGAUUUCACUCUUUGGAGACCAGCCUGAAAACUUGUUCCGAGUAGAAGCCAAAAACCUUGGUGUCUCUAUUCCAAUAAAUCAGCUCAAGGCAGGAACUUUGGCUCUUAUGAUGAAACAAGUCAUAGAAGACAAGAGGUGCAAGUCUGCAGCCAUGGCCGCCAGCAUCAUCAGGCGCUCCCACCCCCUGAGCCCCUCCCAGCGGCUGGUAGGCUGGAUCGACCACAUCCUCCAGACAGGGGGUGGGGCGCACCGCAAGCCCUCUGCCUUCCAGCAGCCCUGGCGUGAGUGGAACCUGCUUGACGUCUUCUUGUUCCUGCUGGGGAUCACUCUGGGUUCCAUAUGGCUUUGUGGGAGGCUAGGCCACCGUGUGGGUCCAGGAAGCUAA